GACAGCAAGUACGUGGUCGAAGAAGAAGUCGACGUCGGCAACUCGAAGUUUUGCAUUUACCAGCAUGCUGCAGAGCAUUCGGUCUACCCCGACUUAGGCAAUGCAGGCGUCGCAGGCCCGGACAGCGCCAUGCUGCAGUGGCUCCGGGACACGCAGUUCAGCGGCAAGUGGGUCCACUUGACACCAGGCUCGGACUUCAUUGCAGACUUCUCCGGGAACCACAGCUUGAGCACCGUCUUCCGGCUGAUGGGCGUGCUGAAGGUGCAGGAUGACAACACGGCAGUUCAGAUCGUGCCCACCCAAGACCUGACGAACACCGAAGCCCUCGAGGUGCCACUGAUGGUGGUGUCUGGGGCUCCGCAGCCCAAGUUGAAGGUGAAGGACGAGUCAGAGGCGAAAUUCCUCCUUCCGGCAUUCAUCCCCGAUGCGCUCAUGGACUAUGCCAUUUGUGGUGGGCAGGCCGCCCUUGACCAAGUCGAGGCAUCCGUGAUGGAUUCGCGUUUCCACAUCAUCCACGAGGACCUCCAGGAGCCCGGGAGCUGCGGCAUUGUGCGGCGGCGCGGCCUUCUGUCAGUUCGCAAGGACGACUCCGGUUGCGGGGCCUGGUGUCAACACUAUCUGCCCCGUGGAGGGCGCUAUGACCUGACCAUCUCGCACUCCGCCAGCAGCUGCUUCGAAUUCGCCUUGGACCUGCACAACGCAUCUGCAUUGAACAAUUCCCUGUACAUGUCCAUGUCCGCGGGUCAAGGGUGCCUGGAUGACGGAUGGUUGAAUCAGGCGGUGAGGCUGAAUUUCUCGGCAGCUGUGCAGGAGCUGCUGCAGUGGCAUGCGGACCCCAACCAGCCGUUCAAGGGCGUGACACCCUUGCAGACUGCCGCAGCCUACGACAACAUCCCAGCGCUUCGCCAGCUUCUGAAUAAGAAUGCCAACGUCAAUGGCGUGACGGAGCAAGGAACGGCGCUCGUGGCCGCGGCACGCCACUGCCACAUUGGGGCCAUGGAGUUUUUGCGAAAUCACAACGCCACCGUGGCCAAUGCAGUCCAAGGAAACUGCAGCGAGUCAACGCUUCUGCAGGUUGUCCGAGCGCACGCCAUGAACACCGAAACGUGCCAGCAGAAGGCCAAAGGUUCUGCGGGCGAGAGUGCUUCGCAGAACUACACGGCGCUGUGGGAUGUCCUGACCAUCCUCCAGCAGAUGAGCCCGUCGUCAGGCAAAGCUUGCCAAGGCCCGUCUGAGAGUCUGCCAUUCCAUGAGUCUCUAGACCGGGGCUUCAGGAAAUCAUGA